GUUCAUGUAUUCUCUGAGGAGAUUGAUUCAGAUGGCAAAAGAAGAUACCUUGUGAGCACAUUUGACCAGUUYUGGCAAUUCUACAGAAAGUUACAACCAGAUCAAAGGCAUUAUUAUGAAGUCAUUACUCAAGGCUCAGCCUGUAAACUGUACUUUGACUUGGAAUUYAAGAAGGAAUUUAAUCCAGAAAGCAAUGGAAUUGAAAUGCUUGACAUAUGGAUCAAGUAUGUCUGCUUCCAUAUCAAGCAACACUUUGGACCAAUCUUGAUCAGCACUGACAGCAAGUUCUCAAGACACCUGAUAUUCUGUUUACCUGGGGCUGUCUUCAAGGAUAACAUUCAUGUUGGUAACUUUGUUAACCACAUUUGUGGCAGUCUACUCAAUCUUGUGCACAAUGGAAAUAUCUCAAAUGAUAAAGAAAUCAAUGCAGAGGACGAAAGUUUAGAAUGUCGGAGUCCAAAAACUCCAAAGAUACCACACAGCUUGCAAAAUGAUGAAAGAGCAUCGCCUGGACGAGGAACUAUACACGACUUGAAGAAGCUUCUUGUAGCAAAUAACAAGGGAGAGGUUGGAACUUUCUGUGACCAAGGUGUUUACACAAAGAACCGGAAUUUUCGUUUAUUCGAAUCUACUAAAUAUGGCAGAAAUUCUACAUUGGAGCUUUCAAAAGAGAAUCUUUACAAGGUAACAAAUGAAGACGUAGUACUUCGACAGAGAAUCUUUGUUGUAUUUUUUUCAGGAACUAUACACGACUUGAAGAAGCUUCUUGUAGCAAAUAACAAGGGAGAGGUUGGAACUUUCUGUGACCAAGGUGUUUACACAAAGAACCGGAAUUUUCGUUUAUUCGAAUCUACUAAAUAUGGCAGAAAUUCUACAUUGGAGCUUUCAAAAGAGAAUCUUUACAAGCCUGUUAUGAAGUCUCGUAAGGGAAGCUUCAGUCGGGAUCUCAAUUUCGCUGUUUUUCUGGAUUCGUUGAUAUGUAAUGUGAGUCACAGCGACACUAAUCAACGUGACGUGAAAAUCCUGACGUUUGAGUGCGACACAACGAGACUCGGUAAACGUCCAAGAUCACACGGAACAGCUUCUAAUUCACGAGAUGUAACGCCAUCGGGCUACGAACAUUCUCCAUAUCCACGCAUUGACGACUAUAUUUCUACUGUCAUCAACAAAGGCGGUGUCCAGGGRAGGAUUAGAAGAUGGGUCUAUUUUUCACAAGGUAAAGUCCUCAUGUUUGAUGUUGACAAAAAUCGUUGGUGCGAGAAUAUUUGCAGACCUCACAAAAGCAACCAUAUUAUAAUGGUGGCUGAUUUGAAACGAGGUGUCUACUAUCAGAAAUGUCAUGACCCUGAAUGCAAGAASAUYAAUUACAAAUCACAAGAAAAUCCGAUUCCAGAAGAAAUCAACCCUUUCUCUGACGAAGAAGAGUKUUUCGAUUCGGGUAUUUUUGAAGACACCCAAGAUGAUGAUAUUCUGUGUCAAUUUGCCGAGGAAGCAGAGAAAAACGUUUUUGCUGUAAAACCCUCGCAAGGAAACAACCUUGAUGAAGAMGACACUCAGUUAGCAUUAUUACUAGACGAUGAUGAUGAUUGGCAGCCAUGGAAAGACCUUCCAGAUUGUGAUCAAUCGAGUCAAAAAUGAUAAGUAAGCUACUAUAGGGUGACUCUUAGAUUUUAAAUUUCCUCUGUAAGAAAAGUGAAUUAGUUUAACCUUUUAAAUCAUUAUUUACUAGUACAUUAGCGGAUUCUACGAUACCAUACCGCAUAUUAAACAAUACAAAAGUUUUCCUCAUAAUUUAUUAUUUUUUGAAGCUCACCGUUCAGCCUGAUCGAACCUACCGGUGGAAAUGUCUUAUUUUAACACCACUCAAACGUUAAAUUCCCUGGUAUUCCCCUGGGGUUGGGGGAAUAGAAUAAAAACAUAAUUAAUAGAACUUUUUUUCAACUCUUUUAAUAGA